UCGCUCGUUGCCUCCUUUUUGUUUGCUGCUGGCCUUAAUCGCAGUGAUUCAUUGAGUGCGUUGGCCCCAGUUGCUAAUUAUUAAAAAAAGCGUGCAAAAUUCUGUCGGCCAUCAAAUAAUAAUAAAAGACCGUGUACUAGUUGAGUGAAUGUUAAGCUAAUGUGAGUCGAUCAGAUACUUACAUAUGUAUCUAGCAGUCGGUGUAUCUACGUCUGUGCUCGUACUCGUAUGUUAAAUGUCGCACGGCCAAAGCUGACAUCUUAAGCAAAUUGUAGCCGCGUUCUUUGCUCAUGUGUGGUGUCCAUCUCUGUGCGUGUGUCGCAUACUACAUUGCGAGACAACUUUAAAAAUAAAAGAAAGAUUUGUUUGUUGCUAUUUUUAAAGGCGUGCCAAGUUUUCUGCCGUUUUUCGCCGUUAUUGCCGCAGUCGCGUCUGUUGGCUCUUUAGUGGCGUCAUUGGCCACUUGGCCAUGCCCAAAGUGGCCAGGGCCUAUAUGCACUUGAAAGCCCAGAGUACCUCGACCAAACCAUAAUCACAAUAUCAUACAAAUUGUACAUAUUUAUAUAGUGUAUAUAGUGCAGUGCGUCGCAAUGUAAGCAACUGAAAUGGCAAGCGGGUUGAUCGGCACAAAUAUCAGUGUAUUGACAAAUGGGAUGUCGGGGUGUGAUCAAAGCACUGUCGAAUCAUUGGCCGAUGAUCCAACAGAUUCACCAUUCGAUGCCGAUGAUUGUCUCAAAGUUCGCAAAUAUUGGUGUUUUCUGCUAUCCAGCAUAUUCACAUUCCUUGCUGGCCUGCUCAUUGUGCUGCUAUGGCGUGCGUUUGCAUUCAUCUGCUGCCGCAAGGAGCCGGACCUGGGACCCAACGAUCCCAAGCAAAAGGAGCAGAAGGCGUCACGUAACAAACAGGAGUUCGAGGGAACAUUUAUGACAGAAGCAAAAGACUGGGCUGGAGAGCUUAUCUCGGGUCAAACAACAACUGGUCGAAUUUUGGUCGUACUCGUAUUUAUACUCAGCAUUGCAUCUCUCAUUAUAUACUUUGUUGAUGCAUCAAGCGAAGAAGUCGAAAGAUGCCAAAAAUGGAGUAAUAACAUUACUCAACAGAUCGAUCUCGCAUUCAAUAUAUUUUUUAUGGUUUACUUUUUUAUACGAUUCAUAGCGGCGUCCGAUAAGCUUUGGUUUAUGUUAGAAAUGUACAGUUUUGUAGAUUAUUUUACAAUACCCCCGUCCUUCGUAUCAAUAUAUUUAGAUCGAACAUGGAUCGGUCUUCGAUUUCUUCGAGCGCUACGCCUCAUGACUGUUCCAGAUAUUUUACAAUAUUUAAACGUACUAAAAACAUCGAGCUCAAUACGCUUGGCUCAACUAGUAUCAAUUUUUAUAUCCGUGUGGUUAACAGCAGCGGGCAUUAUACAUCUGCUGGAGAACUCUGGCGAUCCGCUGGAUUUUAAUAAUGCUCAUCGUUUAUCCUAUUGGACCUGUGUCUAUUUCCUAAUUGUGACCAUGUCAACGGUAGGAUAUGGUGACGUUUACUGUGAGACUGUCUUGGGAAGAACAUUUCUCGUGUUCUUUCUGCUCGUCGGCUUGGCAAUGUUUGCCAGCAGUAUACCGGAAAUAAUUGAACUCGUUGGUAGUGGCAAUAAAUAUGGCGGUGAACUGAAAAGAGAACACGGAAAGAGACAUAUUGUGGUAUGCGGUCAUAUAACAUACGAGUCCGUGUCGCAUUUCCUGAAGGACUUUCUGCACGAAGAUCGUGAGGAUGUCGAUGUCGAAGUAGUCUUUUUACAUCGUAAACCACCCGAUUUGGAACUUGAGGGUUUGUUCAAACGUCAUUUUACCACCGUGGAGUUCUUCCAAGGAACCAUUAUGAAUCCGAUCGAUCUGCAAAGGGUUAAGGUGCAUGAAGCCGAUGCCUGCCUGGUGCUAGCUAACAAAUAUUGCCAAGAUCCCGACGCAGAAGAUGCUGCCAACAUAAUGAGAGUUAUCUCUAUUAAGAACUACAGCGAUGAUAUUCGUGUCAUCAUCCAGCUAAUGCAGUACCAUAAUAAGGCGUACUUGCUGAACAUACCUUCGUGGGACUGGAAGCAGGGCGAUGAUGUCAUUUGCUUGGCCGAGCUGAAGUUGGGUUUUAUAGCGCAGAGCUGUUUGGCACCUGGCUUUUCGACAAUGAUGGCAAAUUUGUUUGCCAUGCGUUCCUUUAAAACGUCGCCAGAAAUGCAAUCUUGGACAAAUGAUUACCUGCGCGGCACUGGCAUGGAAAUGUACACAGAAACAUUGAGUCCCACAUUUAUUGGAAUACCAUUUGCUCAGGCCACUGAAUUGUGCUUCUCCAAGCUGAAGCUCCUGCUGCUUGCCAUUGAAAUCAAAGGCGCUGAAGAGGGUGCCGACAGCAAAAUUUCCAUAAAUCCGCGUGGUGCCAAAAUACAGGCAAAUACGCAGGGUUUCUUCAUAGCACAAAGUGCUGAUGAGGUCAAGCGUGCAUGGUUCUAUUGCAAAGCCUGUCAUGAGGACAUCAAAGAUGAGACGCUCAUUAAGAAGUGCAAAUGCAAAAACUUGACUGUUCAGCCCAGGAGCAAAUUUGAAGACUUAGAUGUGGGCAUGAUUAUGAUGCAGACAGGGAUGGUCAACCAAGGGAUCACAUCAGUGAUGAAUACAAUGGAGGAUGAACACCAUCCUGCACCCACAUUUACGCCUCCAGAGCUUCCCAAGCGGGUGCAUGUGCGUGGAUCUGUAUCGGGUGACAUUACACGUGACAGAGAAGAUACAAAUCUUCUCAAUCGGAAUGUGCGACGCCCGAACGGCACUGGCAACGGUACAGGUGGCAUGCAUCACAUGAACAACACCGCCGCUGCCGCAGCGGCCGCUGCAGCUGCGGGGAAACAGGUGAACAAGGUAAAACCCACGGUGAACGUGAGCCGCCAAGUGGAGGGCCAGGUUAUAUCGCCAUCGCAGUAUAACAGGCCACCAGAAAAUGAUGCUAACCCUUAUGCGGGCUAUCAACUUGCUUACGAAGUUAAAAAGCUCAUGCCAACGAGUCGCAGCUCCGGCACUGGGACACAAAAUCAAAAUGGUGGCGUCUCUUUGCCAGCCGGCAUAGCAGACGAUCAGUCGAAGGACUUUGAUUUUGAGAAGACGGAGAUGAAGUACGACUCAACAGGCAUGUUUCACUGGAGUCCGGCGAAGAGCUUAGAAGACUGCAUAUUGGAUCGCAAUCAGGCGGCCAUGACAGUACUAAAUGGCCAUGUGGUUGUUUGCCUGUUCGCCGAUCCGGACUCACCGCUAAUUGGGCUACGGAAUCUAGUGAUGCCGUUACGCGCAUCUAAUUUCCAUUACCAUGAGCUCAAGCAUGUGGUAAUUGUUGGCUCCGUGGACUAUAUCCGACGCGAGUGGAAAAUGCUACAGAAUCUGCCUAAGAUUUCGGUGCUUAAUGGAUCGCCGCUCAGUCGUGCCGAUCUGCGGGCGGUUAACGUCAACCUGUGUGAUAUGUGCUGCAUAUUGUCUGCAAAAGUUCCUAGUAACGACGAUCCCACACUGGCCGACAAGGAGGCCAUCCUGGCCUCGCUUAACAUUAAGGCCAUGACCUUUGACGACACGAUUGGCGUGCUUAGCCAACGCGGACCGGAGUUCGACAAUCUGAGCGCGACCGCUGGCAGUCCCAUUGUGCUGCAGCGGCGCGGCUCAGUGUAUGGCGCCAAUGUGCCCAUGAUAACAGAACUGGUCAAUGAUAGUAACGUGCAGUUUCUCGAUCAAGACGACGAUGACGAUCCAGACACAGAACUAUAUCUCACGCAGCCGUUCGCCUGUGGUACUGCGUUCGCUGUGAGUGUGUUAGACUCGCUGAUGUCCACGACAUACUUCAAUCAAAAUGCCUUAACGCUGAUCCGAUCGCUGAUAACAGGCGGCGCCACGCCCGAAUUGGAACUAAUCUUGGCGGAGGGUGCCGGCCUGCGCGGAGGAUACAGUACCGUCGACAGUCUGAGCAACCGAGACAGAUGUCGUGUGGGCCAAAUCUCAUUGUAUGAUGGACCGUUGGCGCAGUUUGGGGAAUGCGGAAAGUAUGGGGAUUUGUUCGUUGCUGCUCUCAAGUCGUACGGGAUGUUGUGCAUAGGACUCUAUCGGUUUAGGGAUACUAGCUCUAGCUGUGAUGCGAGCAGCAAACGUUAUGUAAUAACUAACCCACCCGACGACUUCUCAUUACUGCCAACAGAUCAGGUAUUCGUUUUAAUGCAAUUCGAUCCGGGCCUGGAGUAUAAGCCGCCCGCAGUGCGUGCGCCUGCUGGCGGUCGCGGCACCAACACACAAGGGUCCGGAGUCGGUGGGGGCGGCUCCAAUAAGGAUGAUAACUCUUGAUUGUUACUGUGUAGCGCCUUAACUGAUGGUCCUUAUUCGUACAUUUGAACGAUGGAGAAGUUAAUUGUGUACAGAGCAUCGCAUUUAUGGCAUAAAUAUUGGCAUAAGAUCUGGUUAAAAUUGCGCACCAAGAAGUAAAUACAAGUAUAGGCAUUGGCAUUAGCUAUAGGUAUAGGUCUGUAACACCACAGACGCGUACUAUAUACUAUAAAAGUACCUGUAUAUACUGUGUACCUAGGGAAAUGUAACAAAAUCAAAAGUUAGGCCAAUUGGCGUAAGUAACAAUACUUAAAAAUUUAAAUGCGUACGUGCCCGUAAAUGCGUUACUCUGUACUUUUAUAUUUGUAGAGACACCGUGCAGAGUAUUUUGUCCAUCCUGUUUAACAAUCAAGGAUAGCCACACACCACAAACGACCAACGGUGGGCAGUGUUAGAUGUCUCUACAAGCAUAAAAGCCACAUAUUCAUUAAAGAAAGAACAACUUCUUUGAUAUCCAUCGUUCAAUUGUCAGCUGAUUGCUUCCCACACCAUUCCGUAUGCCUUUUAGAACCUUGAAAUUAACAAUUUACCUAUAAUUUUGUAUCUAUCCGAAGUUUUAUUACACUUAGUUUUUUAAUUACUGUUCAAUUCCUCUUGUAAUUAUUUAAAAUUUUAAUUAUUUAUUUUUGUUUUUCAUUAUUUCACUCUGUUCCAAAUAAAAAUAUUUUUAAAACAAUCCGUUUUAUAAUUUGCUAUUUUGAUAUACUCCUUAUCUUGACGCAACAAUCAUUAGUUAUUAUACUAUGGGUAUGUAUAUUUAUUAUGAACAUUUCCUUCAUUCAUUUAGUACAAUUGUUGCAUUAUCAUUAUUGGUAUUAUUAAUUCAAAUCUUAUUUCAUAUUAUGUUCAAAUUAUGAGUUCAAUUCAUGGCGCUAUCAUCGCAUUACAAAUAUCCAACGAUUCGAAAAGAAAAUUCAUCUCAAUGGUGUGACGUAAGCAAUUGGGAACCAUUAGUGAGGUAAGCUACACAUUAAACAAAGAAAAACAAGCGAAAACCCUUUGCUGAUAUUAGUGAAAAUACAAUGCAAGCUAACAUUAUGAAAUAUGUGCAUCUUUUAAAUCUGAAUAGCAUAAGGCUUGCAAUUCGAAGUAUUUUUUACAAAAACAAGAACAAGGCAAAAAGUAUCCAUUACAAACACUUUACAUACUGUGUAUAUUUAGAUGCAAUAUUGCAACUGUAUUUAAGAUACAAAUACUUACAUACGUAUAUACAAAAAGUGAAAAGCUAGAUAUAUGUCUUAGCAGCAACUGCAACAACAACAACUAUGCUACAGCUAACUUAUGAAUGUCUACAUAUGUUGUACAGACACAGAAAUUAAAAGGAAACAAACAAAAAAAAAACAACUGUAAAACAAAUUCCAUAAAUGCUUGGCCGCCACUUACAUUUUGCGUAUGUGGACAAUGGGAGAUGAGCCUAAACCGAAAUCCAAAGUUGUGUCAGCAUUCAAGUUCAAAAACUGCAUUUAGAUGUUUCUGAGCAUGCGCAAAAACGAUUUAUACGAACGUAUUAUAUUAAUUUAACUAUAAUGUUCUCAAAACAAACAAAAUUCCUAGCGAUAUUUAAUUGAAACAAUUAUCGAGUAUCUCGACUAUCUAUGGGAAUAAUGCAGAAAAUAGUAAGAAUAGACUAAAUUCGAAAUUUUAUAAAACCAAAAACCAAAACAGAAAAAUAGUAAAUCAACGGUUGUUCCAUCAAAAGAUACAAAUCGCAUAAAUAAAGCAUCAUUUAAGUCAUUUUCAAAUGACAUUACAAUCCAUUAGAUAUUUCAGUAUAUUCGACUUGAGAUUGUUAUUUAUUUGCUCAUAUCUGUUCGUGUGGUAAUUGAAGAAGUGUCAUAUGUAUUAUAUACGCAUACAAACAAAUUUUCAAUAAUAUUUCCUAACCAGAACGGUUCAAUAAAAUCAAUUCAAGGCUAUUCCACAUAAACUCUGCUGUUAUCCAUGCAAAACACUUCAAGCAUAAAUAUUAAGAGUAAGUAGCGCAUUGACAUUAUUAUAAAUCAGUAGAAACACGUACAUACAUAAAUACUUGUAUUCAUCACGGUAUGAAAGUAGCUGAAGACAUACAUAUAUAGAUAGAUAGAUGUAACUAUCUAUAGCGAGCAGUUGACAAAAUGUAGCUAGUAAUAUUUUUAGUGUAUGCAACGAUGUAUGCGCUUUUUACGUGCGUGCCUAUUGCGAUUUACGAGCAGCAGCUGUGGUGUUCUAAACAAAUUUUUUUAGAUAAAACAAAUCGAAUGCAGACCGAAAGAUGUCCUUUUAGUCCACCGUUUCUCGAGUUGUCUUAAACCCUUCUUUAGACUUUCACGCGCUUGCGCUUGAGCCGCUAAUAAAACGCUCCGAUUUUUUUGUACAUAUAAUGUAAAUAAUAAAGCUACCUACUUACAAUUAUGUAGGUCAGAUAAUGUAAAAAUGUCGUUAGAUCACUUCACUUCGGCUAUUUGUAUUCAUGUUUCUGUUCAUAGAGUUUUCGGUAUAUGGAUUUGUUCAAAUGAUAAACACUGCCAAAGCGUAUAGAAAUCACUCUAAAUUAAACCACAAAAUGCAGAAGCUUAGUUCAGUUUUGUUUUCGCCAUUUUAAUAUAGACUAAACGAAUAUUCAUCAUAUAAUAUUCGUUUAAAACAUUUACAUUUUGUGAAUUAAAUUUAGCUUAUUAAUAUAACAGUUAAUCGAAUUCGAGCUUUUAAUAAUAUGAAACAAAACAAACAAAUACCAACUUAAGUCAAUUUAAGUUGAAAGAAGGAAUAUAGUUAAGAUUGGUUUUGGUUCAUUGCGUUUUGAUAAAAAAGAAUGUAGCCUUAGGUCUAGACAAAAAAUUUAACGAAAAUCUAACAUUGUGAAUAUUAAGUAUGCGCCUUCAAAGUAACGUUACGUAUGUAAAAGUAUGCAUGUACCUACUUAUGUAUGUAUGUAAUGGCUUAAAACCAAAAAGAAAAACAUAUAGAUAAC